AGUUAUUGCCGCAAAAUAAAAAUGUGAUCCGGGAAUCUGAUAGAUGUGACAUCGCACGACGUCGUGUCGUGAACUCGUCGGCUUCAAUUUCUCCUUUUCCCCCGACUCACUGAAACUACUGAUACACAGGAACACAGCGUUAGUAGUAAGCAAAGCAAAGGAAGUUACUACCAAAUACCUAACACACGUCUCAACUCAACAAUGGCAGAACCCAAAGUUAAAUACGAUCGCCAGCUCAGAAUAUGGGGUGAACAAGGACAGGCAGCUCUUGAGAAGUCUAGUAUUUGCUUACUUAACUGUGGUCCUACUGGUUCUGAAACACUUAAGAAUCUAGUUCUUGGUGGGGUUGGAAGCAUCACUGUCGUUGAUGGAUCUAAAGUUGAAGUGGGUGACCUUGGAAACAAUUUUUUGGUGGAUGAGUCGAGCCUUGGGCAGUCAAAGGCAAAAUGUGUAUGCUCAUUUCUUCAAGAGCUGAAUGAUGCAGUUAAAGCAAAAUUUGUAGAAGAGUAUCCUGAAACAUUGAUUGAGACAAAUCCAUCAUUCUUUUCUCAAUUUACUUUGGUUGUUGCUACUCAGCUCGUGGAAAACUCAAUGAUAAAGCUUGAUAGAAUCUGCAGGGAGGCAAAUGUUAUGUUGAUUUUUGCUCGCUCCUAUGGGCUUACAGGGUUUGUUCGAAUUAGUUUGAAGGAACAUACUGUGAUUGAGUCAAAGCCUGAGCAUUUUUUGGAUGAUCUCCGGUUAAAUAAUCCUUGGCCUGAACUCAAGAGGUUUGCAGAUGGUGUUGACUUGAAUGUGCAAGAUCCUGUGGCCCAUAAGCACAUACCAUAUGUUGUUAUUCUUGUCAAGAUGGCCGAUGAGUGGGCUAAAAGCCAUGGCGGUAGGCUUCCAUCAACCAGAGAAGAAAAAAGGGAGUUCAAGGAGCUUCUUAAGGCUCGGAUGGUUGCUCAAGAUGAGGAUAAUUAUAAAGAAGCCAUUGAGUCAUCAUUCAAAGUAUUUGCUCCCCGAGGAAUUAGUUCAGAGUUGCAACAGAUACUAAAUGAUAGUUCUGCUGAAGUGGACUCUAGUUCAUCAGAUUUUUGGGUGUUGGUGGCAGCUUUAAAGGAUUUCAUUACAAAUGAAGGUGCAGGUGAGGUACCCCUUGAAGGAUCUAUACCAGAUAUGACUUCUUCUACCGAGCAAUAUGUGAAUUUGCAGAAUAUCUAUCAGGCUAAGGCUGAGGCUGACUUUCUUGUAAUAGAACGUCUGGUGAGAAGUAAUUUGAAGAAAAUUGGUAGAGAUUCAAAUAGCAUUCCAAGGUCAACAAUUAAAAGCUUCUGUAAGAAUGCAAGAAAACUCAAAGUUUGUAGGUACCGUCUAGUUGAAGAUGAGUUUAAUUCUCCAAACCUACCCGAGUUGCAGAAGUAUCUGACUGAUGAGGAUUAUAGCGUUGCUGUGGGAAUUUAUAUUUUGCUCCGAGCCGUUGAUCGGUUUGCUGCCAAUUACAAUAGUUUUCCUGGACAGUUUGACAGUGCAAUGGAUGAGGAUAUACCCCGAUUGAAGAGCACAGCAAUUGGCCUACUUAGCGACCUGGGAUGCAAUGGUGCUACCUUAGCUGAGGACCUUAUCAACGAGAUGUGUCGAUUUGGUGCUGCUGAGCUUCAUGCUGUUGCUGCUUUGGUUGGAGGAAUUGCGUCCCAAGAAGUAAUCAAGCUCAUAACAAGACAAUUUGUACCAAUGUCGGGAACGUACAUAUUCAACGGCAUUGACCACAAGUCACAGCUAUUGUCACUGUAAUUGGUUGUAUUAUGAGCUCUAAAGGAAGAUUCCUUGGUUUAUUGGAGUAGACAAUCGUCUAUAACUGUGGCUUCCUUGCACCUUAUGCACACUUUGGAGGCAUUUUUACUCGUUAAGUGGCAAAAGUGGAUUCUUUGCUCCAUACAAAAAUUUUGUGACUACUACGGAUAUGGAUGUCAGACAGAGACAUCAAAAGGGGAAAGGAGAUUUUGCCAAAUUAGGAGUCCACCUUAUUAAAUGCAUUUUGUGGUUUAUAUGUAAGCUAAAAUCUCUUUUUAGCCGCAGUGGUCAAUCUAAUUGCAGGGAAAUCAUAUUAUCAUGCUCGAUACGAACCUGUAGUUUCAUAUUGAUCCAUUACACAAUGAAGCUAUCAAUUCAUGUCUACCUCAAAAAUUAUUAAAAAGGGAAACGAAAAUGGUUGUCCAAAGAAUUUAACUCUGGUUAGUAAUAUCACUCUCAAUGUGAUCCAUCGUUGUGGGUUUUG